GCGGAAGUAUAACGAAUACUUGUUGCACAUCUACCUUCGACGAAAAUUGUUCUUUUAAAUUUUAGCUUCUCUUUGGUUCUUCAAUAUUUAUCUGAUUAAAUGAUUAAUUAAAAUAAUUAAUAAUAAUAGUAAUAAGUAAUACAAAUAAAUUUCUAAUAUCUUAUUCGAGAAAUGAAUUAUUUCCAAAUGAUAAUUUCAAAUAAUAACGCAAAGUAAGAAAUAACAUUUGUUCGUUAACAUAAUAGACAUCUUAAUUAUUAUAAAUUAUUUGGUCUUAACACAACUCAAAAUUUAAAUAUUUCAUCAGAUAAUUGGCUUGCAUGAUCAUUAAUAAUAACAAGAAAAGAAAACAGUCAUUGAACUUUACCUGAUGGGCGAAAGAGCAGUAUUUGUUAACAAACAGACACAAAUGAAUAAAAUUUAAAAUAUGGCUUCAGAAUAUAAACAGUACAGUAGAAGUAAAUACUGUCGAUGAUAAAUAUAAAUAAGAAGUUUGUAGUUUUAGAACAGAUUUAUUUUCAUAAAUUUUCGAACUAAAGGCCAUCUUAUUAUAUAUAUAGUUCACAAAACUUUCUUUUGAAUCGAUUAUUACUUUCAAUAUUUCUCUAUUUUUCUUUUUUUAAGUUUUAAGAAACAAAAAAAAUUUUCAAUUCUAUUAAUAAAUUCACCUCUUAGUGUAAUAAUUUAGAAAAAAUCCUAAUUUCAUUAAUGUAAUUCUAAGAAAUUGGAAUGUUUUACAUUAUAAGCAAUUGACAGUAAUGCUACUAUUUUUCAUGUUUAUGUACAUGCACGUACAUCAUUUUUAUUUGAACUAAUUCUACACAAUCUUCAAGUUCAUUCAUUAAAACUCGAGAUAUUUAUAUAUAAGGUGUAUCGUUUAAGAUUAAACAUAAUUCAUUAGGCAUUUCGAAUAACCUGACAAAGAAAUGUUUCGAAUAAAAGCUAUGCUAGUGUACAUUACAAAAUGUUUCUGAUAUAUUUCAAAUGAUUUCAAAAUUCUACUAAGAUAAACAAUGGACAUGACAGUAAAGGAUAUAAGUGGAGGAACCAGAUGGGUCUGUCCAAACGAUAGACAUUUGUCAUUGAGAGCAAAGUUGCAAACAGGUUGGUCUGUAAAGACUGGCUCUCUAGAUUCAAAAUGGGGUACUUACUCUAAUUCUUACUCAAGUGGCACUAAUCGAUGUGCACAAUCAUUUGUACUUACUGAGGAGGAACAACAGACAAUUAUACAGGUCAUUCAGAGAGCAGAAGCUUUAAAUUUAUCAGAACAGGAAAGAAUUGGUAGAUUAGUAGAAAGAUUGGAGAAUAUGAAACGCAAUGUCUGUAUAGUCACUACAACAAGAUUAAACGAAAGGAGAAGAUGUAGUAGCAGAUGCUUGAACAGUGCACACUGUGUGUGUUCUUGCGCACUUUGUGGUGAAAAAUUUGGUGCAGUAUUAGGUGCAUCAGCAAAUCUCUGUAAAGAUUGUCGAAAAUACAUAUGUCAGAAAUGUGGUAUUGAGACUAAUGAAUUAAAUUCAAUACUUACGAAUGUCUCCACAACAAGAGAAAGAACACAAGAAAGAACAGCUAUGCAACGAAUUGUUAGUAGAUCUAGUGGUCAGAGGCAAUUUCUUUGUCGAAUCUGCGCUGAGAGUAGAGAAAUGUGGAAGAAAAGUGGCGCUUGGUUUCUCAAAGGAAUGCCAAAAUAUAUUUUACCCGAGAAAAAGGAACGUGGAUGGUCAAGAUCUAUUCACAAGACAUCCACUUGGACAAUUGGAGGUAAUAAAUCCCUUGAAUCUGCAGAGCCUCAAGAUUCUUCUUCUGAUGAAGAAGUAACACGACGCCUAGCUUUAGCUCGAGGGCAGUCUGAUUCACUGUCGAGCUUACAAAGAAAUCAAGAUAGUAUUACUACCAAAACUUAUUCAUCAUCAUCAAAUUCUGCUCAACCAACUAGUAGUACAUCUAAAUCGCGAGGGCAACGCCUCUCACCAUUAAAUAGCCGUGAGGAAUGUUUAGAUCAGUUAGACAGAUCUACCCUUUCUAUUACUUCUCAAUGUAGUCGUCUUUCACCAUCUCCUACAAGCCCUCGUUCACGAAUAUCUCUAAAAGCUAACAGCAAUGAUUCUCAAACCGAACAGCAUGUUUCGUUUGAAGAUGAAAUUAUCGAUGACAAGAACAAAAAGCUCGAGGAUAUUAAUGAACCUACUUGUAAAUUAGAGAUCAAUUUAUGUAAUCAACCAAAAAGCUCUCAGAUACUAUCUUUCAGAUCGAAUUUUACAACAGUUCCAAUGAUACCAACAACGACAAUGACAAUUGUGUCAAUGGAACAAGUUCCAGAACAGUCUCAGGUCUAUGAGAAAUGUAUAGAUCAGGAAAGAAACCAAUCUUCCUCAGAACAAGGGAAUCUUCAUAGCAACAAUCAAAUUGAUUUAGUACGACAACAAACACCAGAAUAUGAAACGAGACAAAAUUAUGGAACUCUAGAAGUCGCUUUGCGAUACGACCCAACAACUCAAUGUCUCCAGUGCAAAGUGGAACGAGCACGAGGUCUGCAACCAAUGGAUAUUCAUGGCCUUGCCGAUCCGUUCUGCAAACUCAACAUAUUACCAAUUGACAUAGUUGCGACCACGAAGCGACUUCGAACAAAAACGGUCCACAAAACACGGGAUCCGGAAUUCAAUGAGACUCUAAAUUUCUAUGGAACAACGGAAACCGAUAUAUGGAAUGGCAAGGCACUACACAUCUUAAUACUUCAGGAUGAUCCAGCAGGUCAAGAUUUCCUGGGAGAAGCAAAAUUUCCUCUGCAUGAAUUACAACCGCAUCAAACAAAACAUUACAAUGUUCCAUUACAAGAUCACUAUGCAGUGGACAACGAAGAAGCAGCUUGGGGCGUGAUUUCCAGUGGACGAGGACAGAUUCAAGUGAGUCUAAGUUACUGUACAAGACGGCGAGCAUUGACGGUCACAAUUCAUCGAGCUACAAAUCUUCUUCCUAUGGACAGUAACGGAUUUUCUGAUCCAUUCGUCAAGCUGUGCCUUAUAGAGAACGUGACAAACAAUCAUCGACAACGUGUCUUCGACUAUUCAAUCGCACGUAUUACUGCUAAAAAGCUAGUAUCAAAGAAAACCACAAAUCGCAAUGCGCAAAGUACAACAAUCAAAUGGAAAACUUUAAAUCCAGAGUGGAACGAAGAAUUUACUUUUGCUACUCGAUUAACAGAUCUUAUGAAAUUCACAUUAUAUCUCACAGUAUGGGAUAAGGAUUUUGGCAAAAGUAAUGACUACCUUGGUGGACUUGAACUAAGUUGUAAUAGCAAAGGAGCACGAUUACGACAUUGGAUAGACGUAAUCAAAUUUCCAGACCACCGUCAUCGAGCUUGGCAUAACUUAAUUGAUACUAUUUUGCCUAUAGAAUGAUAAUUUAUAUUUUUACUCUUGUUAUUGUGUUAUUCAACAUGUUUUAAUAAGAUCUAUAUAUUCGGUAUGCAUAAUAAUCUACAAAAUAUAAUUUAUUUACAUGCGAUUCAUACAAUUGCUCAAAAUGUACUAUUCUACAAAAAAAAUGACAGAAAAAUAAAGACAUUAUAUUACAUAUAGGAAA